CCGACUCAAGCAACACAGCAAGCAGCAGAAAACAUCUCCUGGCCUUCAAGCCGUCCCUCCUCAAGAGUCCCAAACCACCCUCAGGCAGGUUCCACAGCUGCUAGCUAGCGUUUGCAAGCAGUAGUAGUGUUCAAUCGAGGCAAUGGCGGUGAUGGCCGAAGUAGUGUCGACCACCGGCGCGGCGCUCCGGAGCCCGGCCUCGCAGCCGCCGCCGCCGCCGGCGGCGGCCGCGGUGAAGGACGCUGACGCUGAGAAGCUCCAGUUCAUCGAGGAGAUGACCUCCAACGUGGACGCCGUGCAGGAGCGCGUGCUGGGUGAGAUCCUCGCCCGCAACGCCGACACCGAGUACCUCGCCAAGUACGGCAUCACCGGCGCUUCGGACCGCGCCACCUUCCGCGCCAAGGUGCCGAUGGCGACGUACGAGGACCUGCAGCCGUACAUCCGGCGCAUUGCCGACGGCGACCGCUCGCCCAUCCUGUCGGGGCACCCGGUCUCCGAGUUCCUCACCAGCUCCGGCACGUCCGCCGGCGAGCGCAAGCUCAUGCCCACCAUUGAGGAUGAGCUCAACCGCCGCCAGCUGCUGUACAGCCUCCAGAUGCCCGUCAUGAACCUGUAUGUGCCUGGGAUGGACAAGGGCAAGGCUCUCCAUUUCCUCUUCGUCAAGUCGGAGACGAAGACGCCGGGCGGCCUCGCGGCGAGGCCCGUCCUGACGAGCUACUACAAGAGCAACCACUUCAAGAACCGGCCGUUCGACGCCUACAACAACUACACGAGCCCCACGGCGGCCAUCCUCUGCGCGGACGCGUUCCAGAGCAUGUACGCGCAGAUGGUGUGCGGGCUGUGCCAGCGCCAGGACGUGCUGCGCGUCGGCGCCGUGUUCGCGUCGGGCCUCCUCCGCGCCAUUCGCUUCCUCCAGCUCAACUGGGAGCAGCUCGCGGACGACAUCGAGUCCGGCUCGCUCACCCCGCGCAUCACCGACCCGUCGGUGCGCGAGGCGGUCGCCGGCAUCCUCCGCCCUGACCCCGAGCUCGCCUCGCUGGUCCGCUCCGAAUGCUCCAAGGGCGACUGGGCGGGCAUCAUCACCCGCAUUUGGCCCAACACCAAGUACCUGGACGUCAUCGUCACCGGCGCCAUGGCGCAGUACAUCCCGACCCUCAAGUACUACAGCGGCGGGCUCCCGAUGGCGUGCACCAUGUACGCGUCGUCGGAGUGCUACUUCGGGCUGAACCUCCGCCCCAUGUGCGACCCGUCGGAGGUGUCCUACACCCUGAUGCCCAACAUGUGCUACUUCGAGUUCCUGCCCAUGGACGCCGCGGCGUCCGGCGGCGGCGACGCGAGCCAGCUGGUGGACCUCGCCCGCGUGGAGGUCGGGCGCGAGUACGAGCUGGUGAUCACCACGUACGCGGGGCUGAACCGGUACCGCGUCGGCGACGUGCUCCAGGUCACGGGCUUCCACAACACCGCGCCGCAGUUCCGGUUCGUGCGCCGCAAGAACGUGCUGCUGUCCAUCGAGUCCGACAAGACGGACGAGGCGGAGCUGCAGCGCGCCGUGGAGCGCGCGUCCGCGCUGCUCCGCCCGCACGGCGCCGCCGUGGUGGAGUACACCAGCCAGGCCUACACCAAGAGCAUCCCCGGCCACUACGUCAUCUACUGGGAGCUCCUGACCAAGGGCCCCGCGGCCGGCGCCGGCGCCGCGGUGGACAGGGAGACGCUGGACAGGUGCUGCCUCGAGAUGGAGGAGGCGCUGAACACGGUGUACAGGCAGAGCCGCGUGGCGGACGGCUCCAUCGGCCCGCUGGAGAUCCGGGUGGUUCGGCCGGGCACCUUCGAGGAGCUCAUGGACUACGCCAUCUCCCGCGGCGCGUCCAUCAACCAGUACAAGGUGCCCCGGUGCGUGACGUUCCCGCCCAUCAUCGAGCUCCUGGACUCCCGUGUCGUGUCCACCCACUUCAGCCCCGCGCUGCCGCACUGGACCCCCGGCCAGCGCUCCCACUCCGACUAAGACCAGGCCGGGGCCGGCCGGAGAGGCGUGUCCGGGUCCGGCGCGCUUAAUUAAUUGCUUCGUAUCGCAGACGUAGAAUGCCAGUGAACUUAAAUAUUUGUUAAUUUCGGAAUUUUGAGUACUGUCAGUUAUUAGCGGCGCCGUGAGGGUAACUUGAUGUGAUGAGAGUUGGAAUCACUCCAAGGCUGAGCUGAUCAGCUGAAGCAACAGUCGACGCAUAUGUAAGAGUAGAGGUGUUUCAUCAGGUAGUAAUGGCACUAUUGUCCGUAUCACUUAGUAGUACGGAGCACGCGGCUAAUUUAACGUUUAUCCAAAUCUGUA